GACGCACUUCCAAAGACCCGCUGAAAUUCAAAGUGUAUUUGAAAAGGCGUCAAAUGAACAGCCGUACGAAUCUUUUCGCAGUUUAUGCUCAGUUUUGACUUGUUUGCUUGACCUACACGGACACUUCUGUUGAGGAAGAUCAUGGAUGGGGAAUUUCGAAGUGGGUUGGCGACAGCUUUGAAGAGACAUAGAGACCCUUUGUCUGACACGGAAGACAAUGUCCACUCGUCUGAUGUCAAUGAUGUUCAGAAAAGGCGUCGCCUGGAGGUGUUGGGCGAGGAGAAUGUCAGCCCUACAAAGAAGUUUUCAACUAGAGAUCGCCAUCGGUAUGCAGAGCUGGUGAAGCCUGACACCCCUGCUCUCUGCUCUGUCCGCUCCAGAGUACAGCAACUAACCCAGAGACGUGAGGGGGGUGUUUUGUUUACAGGAGGGCAUGUGCUGGCUCAGAGAUGCCUCUCUGAUCCAGGGUCUGGGGUACCAUCCAUUAAAUUCCAGGAUGGAUUCAAAGAGCACCAUCUUAUUGGUGAGGCAGAAUUCAGCUCGCGGGUGGAGCGGUUUAAAUCCCCCACCACUCCUCAGGCCAGCCCCCUGCCAGCCAACCGGUGGCCCCGUACCCUCUCCAACGCUGUUACCAACUUACAACUGAAACUCGAGGCCAGUGACACGCCCAGCUCCAAACAAGCCUCCCGCAUACGCCAGGAGAGGGAGGAGGAGCUGCGUCUCAUAAGGGCCCAGCCAAUCACAGAGAAUGUCUUCCUAAAGCGAAGCUUCUCUGAUUCCUCACUGACUGAGAGGGCGACCCCACCAGUCUCCUCAUUCUCCCCUUGGAUGAUGUUUAGACGUAGCAGGAGACUGCAGUGGCCACCGUUCCAACCAUGGAAUCAGGCAGACCUCAAUGUGACUGGUGAUGAACCUUUUGGGGUGAAGGACGGCAGCUUUACCGAGACAUCUGUCUUCACUAAGGUCGAUGGAGUGGAGCCUCCAAUUCAAUACACCGAUAAUCCUGUGGCAAUCGAGUCAAAAGGAGAUGGUGAGGAGUUGGGUUCUUCUGUAGUUGAGGAGCAGAUGGGGUCCCUACAAGAGAAGGAGAUGAGGUCUUCUGUAGUUGAGUUGGGGUCCUUUGUAGAUGAGGACAUUGUGGGUUCCCCUUUAGGUGAGAAACAGGUGGGGUCUGCUGUAGGUGAAGAAGAGGGGGUAGUUCAGUCCCAACUAGAGAAGGUUGGGGACCUAUUAAGUGAGAAGAUGGAGUCUUCUGGAGUUGAAGAACAAGGAAAAGCAGAAAGUAUUUUAGUUGACGUCCAGGGUGAGAAGUCUGUUCUAGGUGAAGACCAGGGGGAGUUGGGUCCUUCUUUGGGUCCAGAGCAGGGAGAGGCCGCAAACGCAUCAGCUGUGUCAGACAGAGAACAAGGAGACUCUGAGCUUCUUACAGACGAGGAACUGACUGAUGAACCACAGUCAGAGGCCAGAGGGUUAAAGAAAGUCACAUUUAUCCUGGAGCCAGAAAUGAUCAAUGACUCAGCUCUGUCUGAGCUGGACUCUUCAUCUAGCUGGAAAAGAGAAAGUAUGUCAGAGACUGAGCUGAGCUCUCGCGAUGAAACCAACACCGCUGAGAUGAUUGACCUAAUGUUUGAUGAGGUGCUGGAGGCUGCUGCCCAGGGAAGGAUGGAAGAGGACACUGAGGAUCACAAUAGUGGCAUAGCCACAGCGAUGCGUGGAAUAGAGGAAACAGACACAGAGUUGGACAAAGCUGAGGAGGGUGAAGACCUGGAAGAAACCAAGGAACUGGACUCCAGUGCAGAUGAGCUGCUGUCCUUCCCACCCAGCUUUAUCCUCUCCCCUCUCAGCAAGUCUGUGGAAGCUGUGGUCACUCCUAUGAGACUUGCAGCCAAUCAGCUAGCCAACCCUCCAUCCCUACUUCUGACUCCUGAAGAGCUGACCACUCCCCCUGCUGAUAGUGCCCCUCUCUACAGCAUCGAUGCCUACCGCACUCAGAGACAGAGCACCAAGCCAGCCAUUCAGAGUGUAACCCCAAGGGUGCAGAGGCAUGCCGCUGAGAAGUCUCACCCCCAGCACUGUGUCAACACCAAGGAAAGGAUCAUGGUUCUGAAUGAGGAUGCUGCCAAGCUGCAGAUGGUCAUCAAACAGACGUUGCAGGCCCUGAGCUGCUGCACUGACGAGGACCACGGCAGGGGCUCCCUGGAGGAGGCAGAGGCUGAUAAACUGCUGCUCGUCUCCUGUGAGAAGCGGGCAGCCCUGCUGGCUGAGGUGGCCAGGCUGAAGGAGAGGGGGGGCUCAGUCUCUGAGGAUCUAGAGGGGGGUGGUGGUGAGGGGGACUCCGGCAUGUCCCAGCAGCCCUGCAGGGGCACCGUCAGCAUCAGCAGUGUCCAGCUCCCUCUCAAGGUGGAGUUUGUCUGCUCUGCCCGCACACAAACAGGUCGGCCCACUCAUUAUUUCUUUGUCCUGAUUCGUUAUGGACCCUGCAACAUCGUUGCGACCCCAUUGGCCACGGCAGUGGACGCCCAGAAUGGCGACACCAUCUCCUUCCCCACCUCCAUCACCCUGCAGGACAUUCGCUCCAACUUUGAGAUUGAUGUGGAGGUCUACAGCCUGUCCCACACCUCAGGGAACACCUGCAAUGUAGAUCUCCGCAGCUCCACCAAGUCAAGGGUCACUCCAAGGAAGCUUCUAAGCACCAUCAAGAGAUCCAACCAAAAUGUAACAUCUUCUACCAUGCCGCCCCUAAACACCCAGCGCACCAGCAACUUCUCUCUGGUUGGUUCUCACAAGAUCUCCCUGGCCUCCCUGGGCCAGAGCAAGUUCCCCCUGGACAAGAUGAAGUUUGAAGGCAAAAUCAGGAGACUCCUGGGAGAUGAGUUUCAGGAAAAGGUGCCCUUCCUGUCUCCACUAGAGGGAAACAUAUACCUGCAACUGGACAGCGAGAGCCACUCUAAUGUCCAGCACCAGGGCUUCCUUACAAUGUUUGAGGUGGUGAAUGGAUUUGGAGCUUGGCAUCGGCGCUUCUUUGUCCUGGAGGGAAACCACAUGUCCUAUUGGAACCACCCCAAUGACAGAGGCAGCAAGGCAGCAGAAGGCAGCAUCUCCCUGUCUAGUUCCUCUAGUCAGAGUGUGAAGCCAGUGAUGAGAGACUCCUGUGCUCGCCCCUAUACUUUUGAACUGGUCAGCAGCGUCCAGACUGCACAACAGGAUGACCAGGGCGCUCUGGCCAAGUGCUGGUUCUCAGCAGAUACUGGGGAGGAUCGAGGGGACUGGAUGGAGAACCUGAACCAGGUUCUCCUGGACCUGCAUACCUGGACUCGCUGCACCCCUGAACCAUGCUAAAGCACAGCCCAACAACCAGGCCAGCUGUGGGAACAUGAGGGACAGCAGUCUGUAACACACUGUUAUAAUCAUAUCUUUAUGAAUUCUUAUGAUUACCAUUGGGAGAUUAUUUUAGACUUGGGGAUAUUUUGCCUUUCCUUUGAUUUGUCACUUUCAAUAGCCAUUUAAAAUAGAGCUCCAUCUUGUUGCUUGAUAUGUAUACUAUUUACCUGAGCUUGAAGUAGAUGAUUUAAAUGAAUCCAUAUAAUCUACAAACACUAUUAAAUACGUAUCAAACCUAGUGCAGAAGAGCACUAACACUAAACAAAUGAUUAGUCCAAUAGUGCAGUUAUAAUUUUCAUUAGACUAACAGAAAAAUGCCAGACAUGGCUGCUGGACAAUAUGAUUUCACUACUACAGCAUUGCUGUAAUACCCUCAAGUGUAGAAAUAUGUCUCUCGGAAAUAAGAAAUCUGUACCUGACACAACCUACCUAAUCUAGAAACUUGUGAAUUUAGUGAUUCAACUAGAAUUGCAGUCAAGUUGAGUUAUAGUACUGUACUUGGAAAAACUGAGCUAUCUGCUACAAGGUAAAUAUGGACUAUUUCACAAGUUAAAUUCUUCAUGUUCCUUAACUGAAUCUAUUGCUGUGUUGUGCAUAACACAACAGGGGCCUGUCAACAAAGAUGGUACCCAAGCACUUCAAAUUGACUAUAGAAUGAUAAGGUGUAUAAUGUUAGUGCUUCAUCUCAUGAUAAAUCCUAGUAGCAGCCUAAAAGGUGGUGAAUGUAUAUGCUGACUGUAGUCAACCUAGUUUUUUUUGUUUUUCCUUCAUGUAUUUACUGUCAAUCGGUCAUUCUCUUUCUGUAUGUGGAUGUUAUCCCUAUAAAAUACCUGUCAACAUUCUUUAUAUGCACAUGAUUGAUGAAGGUACUACCAGUAAAUAAUACAAAUGGGUCUAAUGGCA